GAGGCGAGGCGGGGGCGGAGUCGCCGUGGGCCGGCCUCGCGCAAGUCCGGGGCCCGGCCAGCCUGGAUGGACAACCCCGGGCCAUGGCCGGCGCGGCGGCGGAGUCGGGGGCCUUCGCGAUAUCCUGGGAUCCGAGCGCGCCGCGGCUGGCCUACGGCUACGGCCCGGGCAGCCUGCGCGAGCUGCGGGCGCGCGAGUUCGGCCGCCUGGCAGGAACUGUCUACCUUGACCAUGCAGGUGCCACCUUGUUCUCCCAGAGCCAGCUUGAAAGCUUCACUAGUGAUCUCAUGGAAAACAUUUAUGGUAAUCCUCACAGCCGGAACAUCAGCAGCAAGCUCACUCAUGACACUGUGGAGCAGGUGCGCUACAGAAUCCUGGCGCACUUCCACACCACCGCAGAGGACUACAGUGUGAUCUUCACUGCCGGGAGCACGGCUGCUCUCAAACUGGUGGCAGAGGCCUUUCCGUGGGUGCCCCAGGGCCCAGAGAGCAGUGGGAGUCGGUUCUGUUACCUCACCGACAGCCACACUUCUGUAGUGGGCAUGAGGAACGUGACCAUGGCCAUGAAUGUCAUGUCCACCCCAGUCAGGCCAGAGGACCUGUGGUCUGCAAAGGCACGUCGUGCUUCAGCCAACGACCCAGACUGCAAGUUGCCUCAUCUCUUCUGCUACCCAGCUCAGAGUAACUUUUCUGGAGCCAGAUACCCCCUGUCCUGGAUAGAAGAGAUCAAGUCUGGGUGGUUGUGCCCUGUGAGCACACUUGGGAAGUGGUUUGUGCUGCUCGACGCAGCCUCCUACGUGAGCACCUCGCCUUUGGAUCUGUCAGCUCACCAGGCCGACUUUGUCCCCAUCUCCUUCUAUAAGAUCUUCGGGUUCCCUACGGGCCUGGGGGCUCUGCUGGUCCAUAAUCGUGUGGCUCCUCUACUGAGGAAGACCUACUUUGGAGGAGGCACAGCCUCUGCCUACCUAGCAGGAGAAGACUUCUACAUCCCGAGGCCGUCAGUGACUCAAAGGUUUGAAGAUGGCACUAUCUCAUUCCUUGAUGUGAUCGCGCUAAAACAUGGAUUUGACACCCUGGAGCGCCUCACAGGUGGAAUGGAGAAUAUCAAGCAGCACACCUUCUCCUUGGCUCAAUAUACAUACGCGGCCCUGUCCUCUCUCCAGUACCCCAACGGAGCCCCUGUGGUGCGGAUUUACAGCGAUUCUGACUUCAGCAGCCCUGAGGUUCAGGGUCCAGUCAUCAAUUUUAAUGUGCUGGAUGACAAGGGGAACAUCAUUGGUUACUCCCAGGUGGACAAAAUGGCCAGUCUUUACAACAUCCACCUGCGAACUGGUUGCUUCUGCAACACCGGAGCCUGCCAGAGGCACCUCGGCAUCAGCAGCGAGAUGGUCAGGAAGCAUUUUCAGGCUGGUCAUGUCUGUGGGGACAAUAUGGACCUCAUCGAUGGGCAGCCCACAGGAUCUGUGAGGAUUUCAUUUGGAUAUAUGUCAACGCUUGACGAUGCCCAGGCCUUUCUCAGGUUCAUCAAAGAUACCUGCCUCCACUCAUCAGGAGGCUGGCCUGUCCCUCAGGCCUGUGCUGACACCUGGGAGGCUGGAGCCCCAUCAGAAGAGGGCCAGGCUGAUGUUGCACCUACUGUCAUGCGCAGACAUAGCCUCUUGCCUCGGGAAGAUGCCCUCACAGGCUCCAGGGUUUGGAACAACUCGCCCACUGCUGUGAAUGCUGCGCCCGUGGCCCCACUUGUAUGUGAUGUCACCAGAAUCCAGCAGACUCCUUCAGAGAAAGCUGCAGGAGUCCUGGAGGGGGCUCUUGGGGCACAUGUUGUCACUAACCUUUACCUUUAUCCAAUCAAAUCCUGUGCUCCGUUUGAGGUGACCAGGUGGCCUGUAGGAAACCAAGGGCUGCUGUAUGACCGGAGCUGGAUGGUUGUGAAUCACAACGGUGUUUGCCUGAGUCAGAAGCAGGAACCGCGGCUCUGCCUGAUCCAGCCCUUCAUCGACCUGCAGCAAAAGAUCAUGGUCAUUAAAGCCAAAGGGAUGGAGCCUAUAGAGGUGCCUCUUGAGGAAAAUAAUGAACGGGCUCAGAUUUGCCAAAGCAAGGUCUGUGCUGACAGGGUAAAUACUUAUGAUUGUGGAGAAAAAAUUUCAAGCUGGUUGUCAACAUUUUUUGGGCGUCCUUGUCAUUUGAUCAAACAAAGUUCAGACUUUCAAAGGAAUGCAAAGAAAAAACAUGGAAAAGAUCAAUCUCCUGGUACAGCAGCCACCCUUUCUCUGGUGAACGAGGGAAAGUAUCUGCUGAUCAACACAUGAAGUAUUUGGGACUUCACCAGUGCCUUAAACAGUGAUGAGAGUGGAAAGGAGGAAUUAUUCUCAGUGAAGGAUCUCAGCUUGCGUUUUCGUGCCAAUAUUAUUAUCAGUGGAAAAAGGGCUUUUGAAGAAGAGAAAUGGGAUGAGAUUUCAAUUGGUUCUUUGUGUUUCCAGGUUUUGGGGCCUUGUCACAGAUGCCAGAUGAUUUGUAUCGACCAGCAAACUGGGCAACGAAACCAGCAUAUUUUCCAAAAACUUUCUGAGAGUCGUGAAAGAAAGGUGAACUUUGGCAUGUACCUGAUGCACACAUCACUGGAUUUAUCCUCCCCAUGUUUCCUGUCUGUAGGAUCUCAAGUGCUUCCUGUAUUGAAAGAGAAUGUGGAAGGCCACGAUUUACCUGUAUCUGAGAAACACCAGGAUGUUACCUCCUAAAAAAAAUUUUUUUUUAGCAUACAUUAAAGUUUCUCCUUUACAGUGA